AGUAUUCGGAAAAAUUGUCAUGCAACGACUCACUGAGCACGACGAGGCCGUGCUGGAUGCUAUAUUCGAUCCGCUCCAGCUGAUGUCCGACGCAAAUAGGAUCGGUUCUGAUGAGCUCGAAGGCGAUCUAACCGGUGGAGUAGACGAGAAAGUUUUAGAGCUGGUGAAAAGUGGUGUCGAAGCGGCGGAGGCGGGGAAAAUCGAUGAAGCGCUGAUGAUUUUUGAUGAGGCCAGGGAAAGGGCCCCCCGGAACGCCUCCAUCUUGAAUGACCGGGCGCAAGUUCUUCGACUCGCUGGUCGAACUAGCGAGGCAUUGGAAAAUUUGAACGAGGCAUUGACAAUGACCAACUCCCGGGGAAAAAUCGCUGGCAAGGCACUGUGUCAACGAGGUUUACUUCAUCGUCUCGGAGGUCGAGAGGACCAGGCUAAACAGGACUUCCAGGAAGCUGCCAAAAACGGCUCCACUUUCGCACGCACUCAACUGGUGCAGCUAAAUCCCUACGCUGCCAUGUGCAACGCGAUGCUCAGGGAAAUUAACUCAAAAUCCUGAAUUCAGGCUUUUUUCCAAUUAAGCACGUGGACAAUUUGAAAAAUGUAAUCAAAACCUGCGAAAUCGCAUAUCUUCAAUAAUAUCGUGUAUUCAUCAUAAUAUCAUCUCGCUAAUUCAUAAUCAUCAGUGGGCUUGUUCACAAUAAUGUAAAUAAAUAUUAUUUCUCAUAAUAAAUUCAUUUAAUGCACCUA